CAUGUGUCUGUCUGUGUCUGUCCCUUCAGACACCAACAGGAGCACACUAGAGACCCUGUUAUCCUCAAUGCUCUACUGCACGUCUGCAAGACCAUGCACAACUCUGUAAAGUAAGUAGUCAACUGUGGGUGGGUGUGUUAUAAAGUGACCCUACUCUCUCUGUGUCCUUUAGCGCACUGACUCUGGAGGAUGAGAAGAGAUUUGGCCUCUGGCCUUACUGAUCAAUGGCUUCAUACGCAUGGCUGUGAACCAGCUGGCCGUGAAGACAAGCCGUGUGAUGAGGGGGAGCCACUCCCAUAAGACUGCUGCUUUUGUCAGGAGUGUUCGUAGACAGGGUAGUCUAGCCUUCUCUCUGUUUGGCUGCCUCUUGGCUCAUGGGGAGCUACGUAACAACAAACUCAACCUGUGGAAUCUGAGCCACACACGCACCUCCGUGAGGACACUAGAAUUCAUCAAGCGCCAGGCCCAGCAGCCAGACAUGGUUCAACACCUCACCCUGCAGUCUAGGACCUGAGGCCAUCAACUACAUCCCCUGUCCCAUACAUCUACAGGGCCUUCAGAAUGUUUUCACACCCCUUGACUUUAGCAUUUUGUGAUACAGCCUGAAUUUUAAAAUGAUUACAUUUGGAUUAAUUUUGUCACUGGCCUACACACAAUAUCCGAAAAUGUCAAAGUGGAAUUGUUAUUCAAAAUGUUUACAAAUGUAUAAAAAAUAUAAAGCUGAAAAGUCUUGAGUCAAUAAGCAUUCAACCCCUUUGUUUUGUUUAAAAAUAAAUCAGUUCAGGAGUAAAGAUUUGCUUAACAACUC